GAAUGAUCCAGCCUUCUGUCUGCUUCGUCCAGCUUGCGACCUCCUGGCUGGCUAUUCCUUCUCCUUCGUCCUGAUCUCUCUCUCUCUCUCUCUCUCUUCACUUCCAUCCCCAUAUUCAUUCCCAUUCCAUCCUCCCACGUUUGGCAAAAAUGUCUCGCUCACCACAACCCGACGAUCAGGCCUCGACCAACUACAAGGAAGCUUUCUCGCUGUUCGACCGACGCGGCAGCGGUACCGUAUCGCUUGAGUUGCUGGGCGAUCUCCUGCGCGCUUGCGGACAGAACCCGACCCAGGAGGAGAUUGCGGGGUUGGAGAAGAACUUGGGUGGUGACUUCGACUUCGAGUCUUUCAUCAAGGUGCUCAAUCGCCCCGGUGGAUUCCGCGAGCCCGGUGACCCCGAGGAAUACUGUCGUGGAUUCCAGGUGUUCGAUAAGGAUAUGACGGGGUUUAUUGGGGUGGGACAGCUUCGUUACAUUUUGACCAACCUCGGCGAGAAAAUGUCCGAUGACGAGGUCGAUGAGCUGCUCAAGGCAGUGGAUACCAGCUCGGGGGAGAUCAACUACACGGAUCUCGUCCGGACCAUCCUGGCCAACUGAUGAUUACACGAUACCCGAUCACGUUCCACGUUCUUACGAUGCUUUGCUUGUUUUGAUGGAUAUCAAUCUGGUGGGGGUGUAGCUGUAUAGUUAGCAUGCAAUCUUAUUAAGCAUAUCAUUUACAUCUGUCCACCCCGAUCAACAAC